GAAGGAAGGAAGGCUCUGCAAUCUUCCAGCGGAAAAGGAAUGAAAAAAGCUCCAGACCUUUCACGAAGCAUCUCUUCCCCCCCUCCACAGUUCCCGAGAAGAGCUCGCCCAUGAAUUUCAUAACAUAAAGUCUCUCCCCACUGCCACUUUUCUCCUUCCUCAAGCAAUCCUCUCUCUCUGUGUCUCUCUCUGUCCUCUGUGCUUCGGUUCUACUCCCCUGUCUCCUCUCCUCUCCUCUCCUCUCCUGCCGCAAUGGCGUCGACCACCUCCUUCUCCGGGAUCAGCCUCCGCCCUCCUCGGCCGCCGCCGCCCAGCAGCUCCUCCAAUCGGGGCGCCGCGCUCGCGAGCCCGCGCUCCUCUCUCGGCUUCCCCUGCAGCUCGAGACCGGUCGGGAGGAUUCGGCUGAAGAGGGAGACCGGCGGCGCCGGGAGGGUCGGCGGUCGGCGGGGCUCGCCGCCGUCCAGGUCGCUCGUCGUGCGGUGCGAAGCUUCCGGCGGACGGAUCACACAGCAAGAAUUUACAGAGAUGGCCUGGCAAGGGAUUGUUUCCUCACCAGAUAUUGCGAAAGAGAAUAAACAUCAGAUAGUGGAGACUGAGCACUUGAUGAAGGCUCUGUUGGAGCAAAAGAAUGGGCUUGCCCGGCGGAUCUUCUCCAAGGCUGCAGUUGACAAUACCCGUCUUCUGGAGGCUACUGAUAAGUUUAUCCAACGGCAACCAAAGGUAUCUUUAUUGAAUGGCAAUGUCUUUAUGAGCACCUCUUUUUCCGCUCAACGGGUGAUUAUAGUUCUUGGCGAGUCAGCUGGUUCAAUGUUAGGACGUGAUUUAGAAGCCUUGAUCAAUCGGGCUAGGGAAUUUAAGAAAGAGUUUGGGGAUUCGUUUGUCUCUGUUGAGCACUUGGUUCUUGGUUUUGCAAAGGAUCCCCGAUUUGGAAAACAACUAUUCAGGGAUUUUCAAAUAACUGAACAGAAGUUGAAAUCUGCGGUAGAAGCAAUAAGAGGACGACAAUCUGUAAUUGAUCAAGAUCCAGAGGGAAAGUAUGAAGCUCUCGAAAAAUAUGGGAAGGAUUUGACAGCUAUGGCAAGAGCUGGAAAGCUUGAUCCUGUCAUAGGAAGAGAUGAUGAAAUACGUAGGUGCAUUCAAAUUCUUUCUAGGAGAACAAAGAAUAAUCCUGUGCUAAUUGGUGAGCCUGGCGUUGGGAAGACUGCAAUAUCAGAGGGACUUGCCCAGAGAAUUGUGCAAGGUGAUGUACCACAGGCUUUGAUGGAUCGUAAGCUUAUAUCCCUUGACAUGGGUGCCCUGAUAGCUGGAGCAAAAUAUCGAGGGGAAUUUGAAGAUAGGCUGAAAGCUGUACUGAAGGAAGUAACUGAAUCUGAAGGGCAGAUCAUCCUCUUUAUAGAUGAGAUUCAUACAGUAGUUGGCGCAGGUGCUACAAAUGGUGCAAUGGAUGCUGGCAACUUAUUGAAGCCAAUGCUUGGACGAGGGGAAUUGCGCUGUAUUGGUGCAACAACACUUGAUGAGUACCGCAAAUAUAUCGAGAAGGAUCCAGCUUUGGAGCGCCGUUUCCAACAAGUCUAUGUGGAUCAACCUUCAGUCGAGGACACAAUAUCAAUACUUCGGGGAUUGCGUGAAAGAUAUGAGCUGCAUCAUGGAGUCCGAAUCUCUGACAGUGCACUGGUAGAAGCAGCAAUUCUUUCUGACCGAUAUAUAAGUGGACGAUUUUUACCUGACAAAGCUAUUGAUCUAGUGGAUGAAGCGGCUGCUAAGCUUAAGAUGGAAAUUACUUCAAAACCAACUGCUCUUGAUGAGAUCAAUCGAUCAGUCUUGAAACUGGAGAUGGAGAAGCUGUCACUAGCAAAUGAUACAGACAGGGCUUCAAAAGAUAGGUUCAGCCGCCUUGAGGCAGAGUUAUCUCUAUUGAAGGAAAGACAAGCUCAGCUUACUGAGCAAUGGGAGCAUGAAAAGUCUGUCAUGACGCGAAUACAGUCCAUCAAAGAGGAGAUUGACAGAGUAAAUCUCGAAAUCCAGCAAGCUGAGCGGGAGUAUGACCUUAAUCGUGCUGCUGAAUUGAAGUAUGGGAGCCUAAUUUCAUUGCAGCACCAACUUGAAGGUGCAGAAAAAGAGCUAGAUGAGUACAUGCGAUCUGGAAAAUCUAUGCUUAGAGAAGAAGUAACAGGAAGUGAUAUUGCUGAAAUUGUUAGUAAAUGGACUGGCAUCCCGGUCUCCAAGCUGCAGCAGUCAGAGAAGGAGAAGUUAUUACAUCUUGAAGAAGAAUUGCAUAAGCGUGUUGUGGGUCAAGAUCCUGCAGUGAGAUCAGUCGCAGAAGCGAUCCAGCGGUCUCGAGCAGGAUUGUCAGAUCCUCACCGACCUAUCGCUAGUUUUAUGUUCAUGGGUCCUACAGGUGUUGGGAAAACAGAGUUGGCAAAGGCCCUUGCUGCUUAUUUGUUCAACACUGAGGAAGCGCUGGUACGAAUUGAUAUGAGUGAGUAUAUGGAGAAGCAUGCAGUUUCAAGAUUAAUAGGUGCUCCACCAGGUUAUGUAGGGUAUGAGGAAGGAGGUCAAUUGACAGAAACGGUUCGCAGGAGGCCUUAUGCUGUCAUUCUUUUCGAUGAGAUAGAGAAAGCUCACUCUGAUGUGUUUAACGUAUUUCUUCAGAUAUUAGAUGAUGGGAGGGUGACUGAUUCACAGGGUCGGACUGUGAGCUUCACUAACACGGUCAUAAUUAUGACUUCCAAUGUGGGUUCACAGUACAUUCUAAAUACUGAUGAUGAUACUUUACCCAAGGAAACUGCUUAUGAGACCAUCAAACAGAGGGUAAUGGAUGCUGCAAGGUCUAUCUUUCGCCCGGAGUUUAUGAACCGGGUCGAUGAAUAUAUUGUUUUCCAGCCUCUGGAACGUGAGCAGAUUAAUAGCAUUGUGAGAUUACAGUUGGAGCGUGUACAGAAGAGAAUCGCAGAUCGAAAAAUAAAACUAGUAGUGACGGAUGGAGCUAUCCAGCUGCUUGGGAAUCUUGGCUAUGAUCCAAACUACGGCGCGAGGCCGGUCAAGCGGGUGAUUCAGCAGCACGUCGAAAACGAACUUGCCAAGGGCAUCUUGAGGGGGGACUUCAAGGACGAAGACACCGUCGUAAUAGACACAGAAGUUACAGCAUUUGCCAAUGGUCAACUUCCUCAGCAAAAGUUGGUGUUUAGGAAACAGGACGGAGACUUGGAUAUGGCCGCUACAGGAGACCGAGAAGCCUUCUCGCCUCCUGUCUGACUGUUUUGAAGUAAUCUAUCUCCCCCCUGUUUAAGGUUCCGGAUCAGUUCUUAUACAGCAACAUAUAUAGGUUUCACACCUUUCCUUUUUCUUUUCUGCGGGAAGGACCAGGCGCAAUGCCAGUGAACCUUUUGUAACCAAUACAUGCUCCACAUGUCGGGGUGUAUAAUGCGAGAUAAUAAUUCAAGAGUA